AUGGCGGGCGAAAAGUACGGAACGCUGCCCCCGUAUUACGAAAAACUAUUUACUCCUGAACCUUUCAAUGAACAUCGUCUGUUUAUGAGGCGCUUCUAUUUUUGGGGCUUCCCUGGAUUGGCCGGUGUACUCUCAGCUUGUAUAGCAAACUAUUUCAUGAGGAAGCCAGCGUUCAGCGGUAUUCAAAAACACAUUUUCGGUGCGGCUUUAUAUGUCGCCCUUGGAGAAUCCGCCAUGCGCUACGCCGACCACCGUUCUAUGGAGCGAGAUGCCGUUCUUCGUCGCUACAUCUUGCUGCAUCCCGAGGACUUUCCAGAGCCCGAGCGGAAGAAGUACAGAGAUGUUCUUGAGCCCUGGAUUCCAGUGCGAUGA